CUGUAGAGUCGCCGUGACGUCAGGCGCGCGCUGAGACUGGGUCAGCCAGAGGAACCAGCAGUCAGAUCUCUGCGAGACUAGCGCGAGCGCACCGCGUUCAUAUUACAGCACGAGACGCGCCUCUGCACCUCUCCGAUACACAGCACAGUUUCUCCAUCAUUGACCGCAGCAAAAUGCCAUUGGGAGAGGAUGGACACUCUUGGAAAAAGAAAACAUCAAGCAUCAAAGAAAUCUAUGACUUCAAAGAUGUUUUGGGAACAGGGGCUUUCUCUGAGGUGGUGCUCGCAGAGGAGAAGAGGACGAGAAAACUAGUGGCAAUUAAGUGCAUCCCGAAAAAAGCUCUGGAGGGGAAAGAAAACAGCAUAGAAAAUGAGAUCGCUGUGCUCCACAAGAUUAAACAUGCCAACAUAGUUUCCCUGGAGGACAUCUAUGAGUGUAAAUCACACCUCUACCUUGUCAUGCAACUGGUGUCCGGUGGCGAACUCUUCGACAGGAUUGUGGAAAAAGGAUUUUACACUGAGAAAGAUGCCAGUAAGCUCAUACAGCAGAUCCUGGACGCUGUGAAAUACCUGCAUGACAUGGGCAUUGUGCACAGAGACCUGAAGCCGGAGAACCUGCUGUACUACAGUAUGGACGAAGACUCCAAAAUCAUGAUCAGCGAUUUUGGCCUGUCAAAGAUUGAGGGUUCGGGUAGUGUGAUGAGCACAGCAUGUGGCACUCCUGGAUAUGUAGCUCCUGAGGUUCUGGCACAGAAGCCGUACAGUAAAGCAGUGGACUGCUGGUCAAUCGGGGUCAUCGCUUACAUCCUUUUAUGUGGCUAUCCGCCAUUUUACGAUGAGAAUGAUGCCAAGCUCUUUGAGCAGAUCCUGAAGGCAGAGUAUGAGUUUGAUUCACCAUACUGGGAUGAUAUCUCUGACUCAGCCAAAGAUUUUAUUGUGCAUUUAAUGGAAAAAGAUCCCAACCAGCGUUACACGUGUGAACAGGCUCUUCAGCACCCAUGGAUCGCUGGAGACACAGCGUUGGAUAAGAACAUCCAUGAAUCUGUCAGUGCCCAAAUCAAGAAGAACUUUGCCAAAAGCAAGUGGAAGCAAGCAUUUAAUGCCACAGCUGUAGUUCGUCACAUGCGCAGGCUGCAGUUGGGAACCAGUCAGGAGGGCCAAAUGCAGUCCACCCUGCCCAGCCCGUGCCACGGACAGCUGCUGCUGCCCGAGGGGGACGAGGAAGAGAGCUCUCUUCGGAGAGAAAAUAGUGGCUGUUCUGAGGGUGUCAGUGAAGGGAAUGACAUCCAGAACUGCACCUACCAUGUCCAUCCUACUAGCCGGGUCUGAGUGUCAAUCAUCCUGCAUUAAUCAAUGACUGACUGUCCUGUUUUUCCACUGGAGUCCUGCCACACCCCCAGUCUGGCCAGGAAUACUGAGUAGCUCCAGCAUCCUGGUGCCUCCACUUGGAGGCACUGCAGUGUAAAGAACCCAGGUGGGAAUGGGGGCACUACUAUUCCAAUGGAGGGAUUCUGUUUAAUGAGAGUUCGAAAAGAAAAGAGACAAGAAGAUUGCCACUGGCGCUUCAUGGGUAAUAUAUGCUUUUGUGGGGCUGGAUAGAGAUUGGACAGUGUUUUAACUGAUUUUUCAACACCGUCUACUUUCAUUUUUCUUUUCCUAAACUAAAAGUAUGCAGGCCUGUUUCUUUUUUAAUUCAAAAUGCAAGUUCUUGCCACAGUGGCUGUUGGUACGUGGCCUAGUUUAAUACACAUAAAUUUUGGAUUAGGUUAUGCUAAAAUUGUCCAUUUUAAAUUCUCACCUUGAAAUUAUGUUAAAUAUUCUUUUCUUUUUUUUUCAACUAAGAUAUGGACCGAUUUUACAUCCAUUAGAUUCGACAUGUUAGUUGUGUUGCCACAUCUCAGUUGCUUUGCUCUUCCAAAAGAAGUGCUGAUUAAGUGUAAAUUAUAUUUUAGUCUGUAUUUGAAACAUCUUUUUUAACAUUUAACGUCUUUUUGCACACUAAGUCUACUCAACAGUUCAUGAAUUCAUUGUCAGUAUGUUUAAGAGCGUCUUCAAAUGUUUUCUGUGGUGCCUUCAUGGAUUCAGUAUCAAUGUUUUACUUUUUUUUUUUAUUUGUUCAAACAUGUUUUUGUUUCAUCUUUUCAGUUGGGACUGUUGAAAGCUGGACACGUUAAAAAAAUAGCUGUUUACCGUCAAAUUCACCUACAAGGCAUAUACGGCUAUUCUAAGCUAUGCACUGUCGGUGGAUGCUUUGUAAAUGUCUAACAUUUAAUGCUGCCAUUCUGUAAAUACUGCAAAGCUUCUUUUUUUUUUUGUAAACCCCUUUCUAUUACAACAUUAAAAGUACUCAGGGGAGGAAUAGAAAUCAGAGAAUUUUGAUAUAUUAAAUGGUCGUUUUACAAGAAAAAAAAAAAAUAGGAUACCUAAAACAUGUCAGUACGAGGCUAUGGUCCAAAUCAUUUAACUAUAUUAGACAAUUUGGAUUCUUUUCAAUGUUGGAACAUGUAUGAAAGUAACCUCAUUAAAUGACAUGAAUGUA